AUGUCUCUAGUUCUCAGUGUCGUCUGCCACUUUUAUGUUGCUCGUCGGACGGCUGUGUUCCGCCUGGGCGUCGUCAGCGUCGUCACUGAUGUGUGCCAUGACUGCGUGUGUAUAUGUGUGUGCUCGAACCGUCGGAUACCUCUACCUUUCUCACCAUCACUGUCUCUGGAACGCCAUCAAUCUGGAGCAAUCGCGGAGGCGACGCUGAUACGAAUCGAGUCUUCGCUGGUUGCGCAGGAGCCAUCUCUCAAAUUGAACGCGCGUCUUUUCCUUCUUCUUCUCUCCACACUAGCUGGCCGCGUCAACCAGUCUGGUUUGUGCUCGCUCCGUGCAGCUACUACCUCCCUCUUUUCUCGAGGCCACGCCACCUGCACCCUUGCCGAUCCCGCUUUCGCUCCUGUCUCCUCCACCAUGACCGACGCUUCCGACGCCUCCAAGUGGUUCCGCCUGCCGCGCAGUGUGGUCCCUACCCACUACGACAUCACGCUCAAGUCCGACCUCGAGGCCUUGCAGUUCUCCGGAACCGCUACGAUCGACCUUGAUGUGCUCGAGGAUACCGACUCGAUCGUCUUCAACGCGGCCUCCAAGCUUCACCUCAGCAAGUCGCUCGUGCUCAGCCAGGCGCUCAAGACUGACAACAAAAGCAUCGUCGCACUCGACAUCGACAACAAGCAUGAGCGUGCUACAGCUAAGCUCCCCAACUCCCUUCCCAAAGGUUCCAAGGCUCAGCUCGUGGUUGCUUUCGCAAGCGACAUCGACAAUAGCAUGAUGGGAUACUACCGCUCGACCUGGGAACACGAAGGCAAGAAGGGCUACUACGCGCUCACCCAAUUCGAGCCCACCGCUGCUCGUCGUGCCAUUCCCACCUGGGACGAGCCCAACCUCAAGGCCACCUACACAUUCCGCAUGAUCCAUCGCAAAGACACUACCGCUCUCGCCAAUAUGAACGUCGUCAGCUCCAAGGAUAUCUCGCAGGUCGAGCAGGACAAGCUUCUUCGUGCUUCGGAGCUCGGUCUCGACCAGGCUUCGCUUUCCGCCGGGAAAACCGAGGGCAAGACCGAGGGAAAGACUGAGGGAAAGACCGAAAUUUCCUCCACCGCCUCCAACGACUGGACCCUCACCGAGUUCGCCACCACUCCCAAGGUGUCCACCUACUUGGUCGCAUGGGCCAAUGGUCCCUUCGUCAGUCUCGAGAGCAGCUACACCAGCCCUCUGACUGGCAAGGUCAUCCCUAUGAAGGUCUACACCACUGCCGAAUACAUUCACCAGGCUCAGUACGCGCUGGACGUCAAGGUCAAGGUUUUGCCCGAGUACGAACGCGUCUUCGACGUCGCUUACCCCUUGCCCAAGCUCGACACGCUCGUCGCCUCCGACUUUGAUGCUGGCGCCAUGGAGAACUGGGGUCUCAUUACUGGCCGAACCUCGGUCUACCUCUACGACCCCGAGAAAUCAGGUCUUCAAGGUCAAAAGCGUACUGCCGGUGUCCAAUCGCACGAAGUGGCUCACCAGUGGUUCGGCAACAUUGCCACCCUAGACUGGUGGGACAACCUCUGGCUCAACGAGGCCUUUGCCACCCUGAUGGGCGAGGUCGUCAUCCUCGACCGAUGCUUCCCCGAGUGGGAGUCGGCUUCUGAGUUCAUCAACGUCCACCUUGACCGCGCUCUUGACCUCGACGGCAAGCGUUCCAGUCACCCGAUCGAGGUGCCUCUCCAAGGCGAGAACGUCGAAGAUGCCAUCAACCAGGUGUUUGACGCCAUCUCGUACUCGAAGGGUGCCAGUGUGCUCCGCAUGCUUUCAAACAUGAUCGGCGAGGAUGUGUUCCUCAAGGGUGUCUCGAUCUACCUCAAGAAGCACCUCUACGCCAAUGCGGUCACCAAAGACCUCUGGAACGGUAUCAGCGAGUCGUCGGGUCAAGAUAUUGCCUCGAUCAUGGCCAACUGGAUCUUGAAGCAGGGCUUCCCUGUGCUCACCGUGACCGAAGAGGCCGAUGGCUUGCGCAUCAAGCAGAACCGAUUCCUCUCCACGGGAGACCCCACUCCUGAGGAGGACGAGACGCUCUGGCACGUGCCUCUCAUGCUCAAGACCGUCGGCGCCGACGGCAAGGUCUCGGUCGACCGCGACGCUGUCCUCAAGAGCGAGCGCGAGAUCAAGCUGCCCCUCGCCAACGCCAAGGACGCCACCUACAAGCUGAAUGCAGAGACCAUCGGUGUCUACCGUGUCGCCUACUCGCCCGAGCGCCUUGCAAAGCUCGGUGAGGAGGCCGCCAAGCCCAACUCGGCCUUCUCGCUGGAGGACCGCGUCGGCCUUGUCACGGACGCGUUCACCCUCGCGACCGCCGGUUACGGCAAGACCUCUGGCGGUCUUUCGCUGCUCAAGGCUUUGAGGAACGACCCCACUUACCUCGUCAACCAGGCCUCUGGGCUCAACCUCGGCACGCUCAGCAGCGCUUGGUGGGAGCAGGAUCCCAAGGUGCAGACCGCCAUCAAGAAGUUGCGCGCCGACAUCUUUGGCCCCACUGCCAAGAAGCUCGGCUUUGAGUUCGGCCCCAAUGACUCGCCGGAUCUCAAGCAGUUGCGCGCUAUCGCCAUUGGUGCUGCAGCCAGCGGUGAAGACGACUGGACGCUCUCCGAGAUCAAGAAGCGCUUCGACGCGUACGUCGCCACCGGUGACGAGAGCCAGAUUCACCCCGAUCUGCUCCGCACCGUCUUCAGCCGUGCCGUCGAGCACGGAGGCGAGAAGGAGUACGAGGCUGUGCUGACCAUCUACCGCAAGCCUCAGACACCCACGCACAAGAUUGCAUCGAUGCUUGCUCUUGGCGCCUCUUCCGACGAAAAGGUGCUCGAGCGCACUGUAGACUUCCUCUACGGCGGCGAGGUUAAGGAGCAAGAUUUCAUGUACUUCUUUGCUGCGCUCAGCGCCAACCCCAAGGGACGAAGGGUCAUCUGGGAGGCAACCAAGUCUCGCUGGGACGUCUUGUCGAAGCGCUUUGCUGGCAACUUUUCGCUCAGCAGACUCAUCGAGUACUCGUUCAGCGCCUUCAGCUCCGAGAAGGAUGCAAAGGAUGUCGAGCAGUUCUUCAAGGACAAGGACACGGCCAAGUUCAGCAUGGGUCUCAGCCAGGGUCUAGAUGCUGUGAGGGCAAAAGCCAGGUGGGUCGAGAGGGACGCCAAGGAUGUAGAGGAGUGGCUGAAGGCGAACGGCUACCUCGCGUAG